AUGCGAGAUUUUGGCCAGGAUUUCCCAAGACGUGACGUCGAAUGCAGAUUUCGGGGAUGGGGUGUUGGAUGGGAGCGUAUUGGCAAGGGGGAGGCUUGGGCAUAUGGGGAUGUACUACUUAUGAUUUGGGAAUUAAGGCUGUUGAAGAGGGUUGUUCUUAUGGUUUUUGCGAAGUGGGAGGAGGGGUGUUUUGAUAUGUCGGGGAAGGAGGGCUGCUUGAUGUUGCGUUGGGGUUGGGUUGAUGAUCAAUGGUUUAGGGUAAUGGUGAUGCAGUGGCCGGAGCAUUUGCAGCCAUCUCUUGAACCUCCCAGCAUUCCAACUAUGCCUCCUCACUCCCUUGCCUUUCUCAAACUAUCUAAGAGCAAGAAAUUUUUGUAUAACCCCUUCCCUCGCCGCCCUCCUAACCCUUCUCCUAUUUACCCACCCCUAAGCAGGUCUAGAAACAGCCAUGCACUCCCUUGGCCGUACUCGCGAACGCCGGGAACGGGAAUAAAACAUCACAUUGAUAACAUACGCUUCUCCGAAUACCGUCACAUCGAUGUUGUUGCUAAUCUGGAGGGUGGUUUUGAAGGGUUUGAGGAGAGAGAGGUGAGUAGAGGCGUUUAUCUUGGAUUGAUGAUGGGGAGCAGGGGUAGGAGGUGGAUGGAUAGAACACUUGAGGCAAUAAAGAAAGGGACGAUGAUACGGAAACUGAGGGGUAACUGUAUGUUCCUUGAUGUAGUGUAUCCCCCUUUGAUUGCGAAUGGUAAAAGGAAGCCCUUGCUGUCGAUUGCUGCGAUCAAAAAGCUUUCAAGUUAUGUGUGUGCAUGGCCCCAAUCAGAUAUCUUCGCGGACUUGAGGCCCUACGACCAACAUUCGCCUCCAAUCGUAUUCAAGCGUACCUUACCCGAGGUGAAAGCCCCUUGCUCAGUCACCGCAAGUCCAUGCACACCACUCACCCUCACAAUCGCAUGUUUCUUAGAUCCAACCUCCCACUCUAUUACCGCCAAAAUAAUUUUCAACCACACCAUAUCUCAACUCGACGCCGGGAUGGUUUGGCAGGAAAGUCUACACCUUUCCAAUAUUUCACUCCAUCUAUCCGAGAAUUCCUUAAGGUUUCUUGAGUGCGCGGGUUCGAGUAAGCUUGGAUUGAGUGUAGGGUUUCAAGCUGCAACAACAGAAAACCAUAAAAGUGGUGUAUCUGGGCGACCUUGGGGAAAGUUUUGGGGGUUUUUGAGAUAUGGGAAAGUAACAGUCGGAUGUGUUGAAUUCGUGCAGAAACACUCAAUUCCGCAGCUGCCUACCUUGACGGAUAGAGAUCCAAUGGCCAGGCGAGCCCCUCUUUCACCAACCACACGGAGGCGUAAACAAUACAUUUCUUCCUGCCCGCUCCGCUCAACUUUCCGCGGCUACAAUUUGCACCAAACCCACGCACCCACUAUGCUACCACAUCUAGCCGACCUCAUCGCCACUUUGCGCCGCUCCAACGAGGAAUUAUCCCUCAUCAACAGAGUGAAGUCAAUGACAGUCGAUGCCCGAAGUCCUCAGAAACAAGAUAGAGGCCACGGAGCCGUCGUGCUUGUUUAUUGUGAGGGCGGUGGAUGGGGUGUUGUGAUCCAAAGUGGGGAGACGGAUACAUUAGUUGAGGCUUCGAGGAGGCUGGAGGGGGAAGUCCAAGAGAGGCUGGAGGAGACGAUAGGUAGGAAAGUCUCCACAGUAGGCGUUUACGCUGCCCGCCAAGCCAACGCCGGCGUUCAUGGUUCUUCCGUAGGCACAUAA